GCGCCGUCGCUAAGGCGCCCUUCAGGAAAGGGAAGCGCUUGUACGUAACGUAACGUAACGUACCGUGCGCAGGCAGCCCAGCCAGAUUUCCGGCGGCCUGAGGGGACGUCGAGAGGCCCUCCUCCGCGCCUGAGGCCAAGAUGUCGGAAGAUCUUGCAAAACAGUUAGCUAGCUAUAAAGCUCAGCUCCAACAAGUGGAAGCUGCUUUGACGGGGAAUGGAGAUAAUGAAGAUCUACUAAAACUAAAGAAGGAUUUACAGGAAGUGAUAGAACUAACCAAAGAUCUCCUUUCAACACAACCUUCAGAAACUCUUACAAGUUCUGAUAGUUCUGCUUCAGCUCCCCCAAGUCACACUUGGAAAGUUGGAGACAGAUGUAUGGCCACAUGGAGUGAAGAUGGACAGUGCUAUGAAGCGGAAAUUGAAGAGAUAGAUGAAGAGAAUGGUACAGCUGCCAUCACCUUUUCGGGAUAUGGUAAUGCAGAAGUCACACCUCUGCUCAAUCUGAAACCUGUGGAAGAGGGAAGGAAAGCAAAAGAAGACAAUGGCAACAAGCCCAUGUCCAAGAAAGAAAUGAUUGCUCAACAACGAGAAUAUAAAAAGAAGAAAGCCUUGAAAAAAGCCCAGCGCAUCAAAGAGCUGGAGCAGGAGCGAGAGGAUCAAAAAGUCAAAUGGCAACAAUUCAACAACAGAGCUUACUCAAAAAACAAAAAGGGACAGGUAAAGCGGAGCAUCUUUGCAUCUCCUGAGAGUGUAACAGGGAAAGUUGGAGUCGGGACGUGUGGAAUUGCAGACAAACCCAUGACGCAGUACCAAGAUACAUCCAAGUACAAUGUCAGACAUUUGAUGCCACAGUAAUUGUGGGGAGAAAUGACUAAACAUCACCUCUGCAGGGCUUUACAUUUACCUUUUUAUUGUUAUAUUUUUCUAAAAGUAAAUUCGGUGCGUAGUGAAAAUGGUCAUUGCCAUCAGUUGGCUUAUGCUGGUACAAGCCUUAAGUUAAAACAAUGGAAGUUAGUUCAGAAGGGCCCCUUUACUGUUUUCAAACUGAAUAUGCACAAGUCAGACUAAUGGAGAAAUUCCCUUUGUGUUACCUAACAACUCUGAUUUCGAGAGUGUCCUCACACACAUGAAUCUAAUUAUUGUGUAAUUAAAAUAGUCGUCCCAGCUUUAUUGCCCCUUCUCAUGUACUUGUAACCGUUACCUUACUGCAUGGGCAAAUAUUGAGCACUCUUUGUCUCUGUGCAGCUGGUUUUCAUUCCCGUUUCAUUCCUCAUGGCAUUACUAUGCUGCAUUGUGCUACAUAGGAUUCUAGCCAGAAUCUUUCCUUUUUAUAAUUGGGAGGGUCUUUCAGUUUGAAUUAGUUUUUCUUCCCAUUAAUUCUAUUGCUUUCCUAAAGCUAAAGGAUUUGCUCUUGCUGUGAAGUCAUGCUAGACUUCAGAAGAGUCUUGGUAUUGGUUUUGCUGCAGGAGUUUGCCCCAUUUCUCUCUCUUUUACUGCCAGACUAGAAAGCAUCGAGAGAGGGGUUAAUUGCUGUGAUGUGGAGCCUCAGAGAUGAUGAAAAACAUAACUAUUUCAUGUGUCUUUCCAAAGCCAGUGCAAAGUCUGACCACAGGUUGGUAGAAGAGUAGAGGGAUCUCCUAGAACUCACAGAAAACAUAAUCUAACUCACUUGCACACUCUAAAUUCCAUACAAGGUCUUGAAAUCCCGCCCCCCCCCCCCUCCAGCUCUGGGAGAUUACAGAGAAGAGAAAGUGAUUUUUUUCAGUCUCAGGCUGGGAAGUAUGCUUGCUUGUAUCUCAGCAGAACUUUAUAUUAUGCUCAUAAUGUAACUAUGGGCUGAGUAAGAGUUGUUUGUUAUUUUCCAAGAUAGGUUAGCACUUUAGAUGUUGGAGGAGUUAAAUUUCGCACAGAGAAGUAGUUAUUUCCAUGGAAGAAUUGAGCUAUUUGAUACAUUAAUAUAACUGAUGAAUAUACAGAAAUUCUACACAUAACAUGCUGAACCAGUUUUACUGUGUAUCCAGCUGGUUAACUGCAUCAAGAUGUUCCCCUCAUAAGAAUGCCGAACUUCGACUUUGUUAGUAUUGCUGGGCCACUUUGAUUUUUAUUUAGGAAACCAUGUGUAAAACGUUCUGGCCUUUUUGUAUCUUGUGGAUGCAGUUGCUUCCCUUUGCCAGUAUGUAUCGCUUAAGGUGGUAGUGCCAUCUCUCACUCUUGAAAUGUGUUUGAAGCAAAAAGUUAAUGUAUAGCCCUGUAUGCAAUGUAGAUAAUUAUUUUUGUAAAAUAUGGUGUUAAGUUAAUGAACAAGACUGGAUUUCAUUCUUUCUUCUACUAGAGUAAUUCUUGCUCAUUAAUCCAAACUCCGUUUCCCCAUGUAUAUUAUGUUAGACUGUAGUUGGCUUUUGUAAUUUGGUUUUUGGAGCUAAAAUAAGAUCAGGUACCAUCAGGAUUCGUUGAUGCACAGAUUAGUGAACAUGUCUGUCAGUUUACCCGAGUCUAAAAUUUGUUUUUAGUAGACUAGAAUCCAUCCACAGAGAGAAGGUCUUCCUGUCAAUGGAAAGGAGGUAAUUUUUAUUACUGUGUUGAUUUCAGUUUUGUAUGUUUGACUUUUAUUAAAAUAAAGUGUUCAAAAACCUC